GCAGUCAGCAGCAGGCCCACUGGGUGGAGGGCUGGGCUCAGCAUGCCUCCAGCCUCCGCAUGGGGAACACCAUCAAGGCCCUUGCGGCCUUCAUUCCCGCUGAACGCUGCCAGAACUUCGUGGUCGGAGACCUCCAGGAGAUGCCGCUGGACAAGAUGGUGGAUCUGAGUGGGAACCAGCUACGCCGCUUCCCUGUGAACGUGUGCUCCUUCCAAGAGCUGGUCAAGCUCUACCUGAGUGACAACCACCUCAGCAGCCUACCUCUGGAGCUGGGGCAGCUGCAGAAUCUACAGAUCCUGGCCCUGGAUUUCAACAACUUCAAGGCUCUACCCCAGGUGGUGUGUACUUUGAAACAGCUCUGCAUCCUUUACCUGGGCAACAACAAACUCUGUGAUCUCCCCAAUGAGCUGAGCCUGCUCCAGAAUCUCCGGACCCUGUGGGUCGAGGCCAACUGCCUCACCCAGCUGCCAGAUGUGGUCUGUGAGCUCAGUCUCCUUAAGACUCUGCAUGCCGGCUCCAACGCCCUGCGUCUGCUGCCAGGCCAGCUCCGGCGCCUACGGGAGCUGAGGACCAUCUGGCUCUCGGGCAACCUGCUGGACGACUUUCCCCCUGUGCUGCUUCACAUGCCCUUCCUGGAGGUGAUCGAUGUGGACCGGAACAGCAUCCGCUACUUCCCCAGCCUGGCCCACCUGUCAAGUCUGAAGCUGAUUAUCUAUGACCACAAUCCUUGCAGGAACGCACCCAAGGUGGCCAAAGGCGUGCGGCGCGUGGGCAGGUGGGCAGAGGAGACGCCAGAGCCUGACCCUAGAAAAGCCAGGCGCUAUGCUUUGGUCACGGAGGAAAGCCAGGAGGCACAGGCACCUGCUCCGCCUCCUCUGCUGCCUCCUGCCAACUCCUGAGCUUCAGUGGUAGGUCAAUGCCAAAAGCCCAACUCUAGCGUCUUCGCUACUAGAGUGCCAAAGAUUGCCCUGGGACAUUGGGGUGUCUGCCAGCAGGGGCUGAUGGGAGUCAGCUGAAAUCCCUAAAUCACAAGAAAAAAAAACAGCAGGCAAACAUCUCUCAAAGGUUAGUUGUGUGCUCUAGGUAGCACAACUUCUUUGCCAGAAAACCAGCCUCUUCAAGCAGGUAUUCUGAACCAGUGAAGAGCAAGAAGGGCGGGAACUCAGCGGCCUCCUCCACUCUCCAGAAGUGGCUGGUCAUGAGGCUCAGGAGCUCCUCAAAUAAGGUACCUGGUUACAGAUCAAGGCACACCUGAAAGUUUAGGUGGCCUGUCUCCAGCCCUUUGCAGGAUGUAUUUUCUUACUAUGAGUGACCACAAACACAAUUAGUAAUAUUACUAAUUCAGGACACUCUAAAAGAUGUUUCUACCUAGUCAAUCAGACUCGCAGACUUUGUUGUUGCAAAGGCUUAAUUAAGAUGAAGCUCUUAACUGUUUAGCGAGUGCUGUGAAGACCUCUGAUGGAGAAUGCCUCCUAGUGGAGCCCAGCGACCGCUUUACACUUGACUUAGCUCGGUUUCCCUACAAGGUCUGACCCAAGGUCGGCUCUCAACUGUUUGCUGUUCCUCACAAUACUAGAAGUCACCUAGAGUAGAACCUCUUUGGCAUUGUGGUCUCAUUAAAAUUAAGCCUAGCUGUAACCCUAGCUGCUUGUGUGGAGCACGGCCCUUCUGUUCACUCACAUGAAUGAACCUGAGCUGAGCUGAAUCCCCUUCCACAGAGAGAAACCACAUGCCCAGAAUCAUACCAGGUUCAUGGCAGUCGGUGAGAAACCUGUUCACUUGAACAAGCCUUUGGAAAUCUGAAUUGCAGGUUGUGGUGUACACAGGCAGUUUCUGCCUCUCGCCUCACUAUCUCUGCCUUUGUUCUGAUUUGAUGUUUGUAGAUAGGGUCUUUUGAUGGUUAGCUUGUAUAAACUUCGUAUUUAGCCAUUAUUUUUUUGAGUAUGUAAACUGGGACCUUUUCUUCUUCCCAUGAAUACAUCAACUUUAAAGAAACUGCUGUCAGUGGGUGAUUUAAUAACACAAUCCUUUAUGUUCUUAAACCUUUUCAGCAAUCGAGGACAGUGUCAUCUUAACUAAAACUAGUCAGCUUUUAAAACGUUCUUUUGCCAUAAAAGCAUCUUAACCCAGUAGUUUGGUUCUAAAAUGACUACACAGCAGACUACUUUCAAGUGUUUUCCUACCACCACCUCCCAGUCUGUAGAGUAUCUGUAACCCACUGAUUAGAUUGUCAAGGGGUCCCUUUUAAUCCUUAAAUGUCAAACAUUUAACUCCUUGAGUAAUGAAUCCAGAUUUGUUAGACAGCUAGAACUUAAGAGUCUAUUUUCUCAUUCCUAAUGAUUGAAACUACCCUCAGUUGAUGCUAGAAACUCUGUGCCAACAGAACCGCCUUCUGCCCUGUAUCUACAGGCAGCCUUGAGGGCUCUGACUUCCUUUUGACCCGGCCUUCCCCUUCCCAGGGUUAACAGGGCCGCCUUUCCAGUGUAGCUGCAGGCUACAGCCAAAAAACAAAGUGAAGCCACAUCACCUAUACAGAGUUCUCAUCUAACGAGCUGACUGGUCUGAAUCAAAUGUCAAAUUAUAAACAUUCUGGCACACAGUAAAGCUGUUUUCUUCUAAAAUAAUCAAUACAUAACAAAUAAACAUUUCUCCAAUAAUAUGGUUAAGAAUUCACCACUGCUUUUGCUAUUCAAAAAUGUUUUCACUCUAGGGUUUCAAUCAAUUUUAUAAAGUAACUCUAUAAAUGCAUAUUUACAUUUCCAUUACCCUCUGUUUUCUUGAAAUUCUGACCCAAUUACAAAGUUAAAAAGGGGAAAAUGUUAAACCAGCAAAUGUAACUUUAUUCAUUUUAAAAUGAAACCUAAAGUGUUAUGCAUCAGAGGAAAAUCUCUUCCAGAAAUUUGUGUAAAAUUUUAGCUUCCAUUAAUACAAAUGAUGCCAUCUAAAAUAUUUAACAUGGAAAAAAAAUUUAACAUGGAUUCUAUGGAAAUGAACCUGUUUUUUUUUCUCUUUUGUCCUAAAAUGCAACAUCACUGUAAUUUCACUUAAAAAGUGGGCUUGUGCCCUAAAAAUCAACUAGACUCGAAUUUUAACUCAAUGCAUCUAGACAGUAACCUGGCCUUCAAACUACCCAAAUUCAAAUCCCAGCUUUUCCAUUUAUUAGUCAGUUUCCAUCUGCGUACCUCAGUUUUCUCAUCAGUAAAAUACUAACCUUCUAGCUGUCAGGUCACUGUAAGGAUUAAACAAAUUACUAUCUAUAAAGUACAUAGAACAGAGCUUGGCAGGUGACAGCUGAUGUUCACAUACCAUGUUAUUUUAUUGUUAUACCAUGUAGCACAAUACUUAUAUUUACCCUACAGUAUAAUUCACUGAAGGUAAAAACAUAAAUGGCAAAAGAAAAAAGGCUUUUUUCCUUUCAAUAAAGUUUUCAACGAUAGUUAUCUAUAGACUUGAAUAUUGAAAAAUAUAGUUGCAAUGUGGUCAAAUGCUUCUGGCUUACCUAAAUAGACAUAACCACCAAGGAUUCAUUUAAUAUCUAAAUGAAUAUACUUUACCCUUCCCGUUAUCCUAGAAUCAGCAAAAUCACCAAAGUACAAUAAGUUUUCACUUAAUGUUGAUGGAUUCUACUUUAAGCGAAACAACAAAACCAAGUUUACCGUAGGCUAUUUGAUGUAAACAGGAGUUAAGUUCCUACACAUCUCAUUGUUAUAAAGCAAUGAUGUUGAAACGUUAGAGGAACUGCUGUAGUUGAAAACAUACUAUUCCUGGGCACUAAGCCCAUGUGUUGUGAGGGGCAGGAGGCAUGAGACGGAAGGCGUGGGUUAGGGAUGUGGGUGUGUAUCUGCUAGACACUUUACUUUCUGCCUUUUGUCACUGUAAAAAAAAAAAAAAGCACACACAACCAUAAAAAGGAUAUUACUAUUAAAAAACUAAGUUUACAUGCUUUUUUUUUUUUUCUAGACUGUGCACCUCUGGAGAACAGGAAACAGGUGAUACUUAUCUUUGAAUCCCCAAUACCUAGACCAAUUCUACCAAGUUACCUGAAUUUUGGAGGUUUUAUCAUGCGCCCACCCAGACAGGGGGACACUACUGUAGAUUAGGUACUAUCCUCAGGGUCUUGCCUAAGUCAAUUCACACAACCUUUUCAAUACCUCUUUGAAAGAGGGGUUAGGUUCUGCUCACAAUUUAAAAAUGAGGAAUCUGAAAUCAGGUUUGCUUUAUUCUUCAUAUUGAGAAUCUGAAAUGUUACAUAGUAAUUCUGAUUUUAAAAAGGUUCAGUCCUCUUUACAUCCUCUGUUCUAUGGAUGUCCUAAUAGAGUAGGUACAAGACAAGGCAGAUUUUAGAAAAGGAGUCUGUAUAGCGUAUUCUAUUGACUUUUAUCAGUAUUAGUCAGGGUCCUGGCAAGAAAACACAUUUAUCCCAUAUGGUUUACAUAAGACUUUAACAAAGGAACUAUUAGUACACAGGAUAUUAAGGGGGGUAGGGCUGGGGGGCACCAAUGCUGAAGGGGUAAUACUGACAUACUCAAGACAAGAGCAACAGCAGCUAUCACCACCUGUAAGGCUGAAUGAACAAACAGGGAACAGAAAUGUUACCCAAAUCUAGUAAAGAGCUGAAAAGCCGUAAGGCAGGCCACCCAGCAAAGCUAUAGAGUGGUAUGUCUUGCAGGGAUAUAGCCACUUCGAGAGACAAAGAACAAGAACAGGACGCAAAAACUGGUUCCCCUUCCCCAUCUCCUGCCAGGGCCUCCUCAGUUAACUAGUCCACAGGAAGCUGUGGAGCAGUCACCAAAGGGAAGCCACGUGGCCUCCAAGCAGGCAAAGACUAGAUCCUGGCUUGAGGAGUUAAAAUAACCAGCACACUCCAAAAACAAAACUAAACUGAAGGCUACUAGGAUAGAUUUAAAAAUUCUGAGCAUUUAGACGAUUUUCUAUGCAGUAACCAUUAAUGUAUAUUCCAAAUCUCUUUCCAUGUCACAAAAUGUCUUAUGAAAGUCAAAAAUAACACUGCUCCAUAUUUGCUAUUUCUUACUUAACAGAAACUCCAUUCUAAAACGCAAGAAAUUAGAGGCCUAGGUUGGAACUUUACCUCUAAAGCUGAAAACAUUUUAAAACUUGUUAACUUGGGAUAUCUAGGGCUGUAACAAAAUCUGUAGGGCUUCGAAGGAUAUGAAUUCAAAGAGGGAAAGAGGCAUGGGUGUAUUGUUGGAUGUAACAAUUAAGCUGUUUCUACCUCUUUAUAGAUAAACAUUAACUGGUAUAUCCUUUGUAAGACCUCUGGAGAAAAUGUGCCCAAGGAAAUUCCUACUCUAGGCUAUCUGGUAGCUCAGGAUAGAUGCUUUAAACCCACUGCUCCCACUGAAACCUCUGCAGGUUUUCUUGGUCAUGAUAUCUUUACCUGCUCCACCUGAGCUGAGGGAUGAAAACUGUUACCAUGUGUGAAAAAGUACUUUAAAAAAUUACACAGCAAACAGUACUGCUAUUACUGUUUCUAAAAAUGAAAAAAUAAAAUCAAUAUAAUUGUUUGGUGAUCUCAGCAAGUUUCUCCUUUAUGUGAAUGUUGGAGGACAUCAACUGGUAUCACAACAAAGAAAACCAAAUUUUUCCAGUUUUAAUAGCUUCUACAUAGUAUUAAAAUGUUGAGACAAACUUUUAGACAAAAACAAAAAAGGUUGCUUUAUCAGUUUCUCUGAAAAUCCUUUUGCUCCUCUAUGGGAAUAAAAUGUCUUCCCGUGAUGCUAGCACAGAGAUACUCAGUAAAAACCCAUAACCUACUGCUGGGCGCUCUCAUUUUAUUUCUUGUGCAUUCUGCUAUACACUGAUGGAUAAACCUACCUCCAAAUCUAAACUCACCAUUAAACUCAGUACAUAUUUAUACCCAUUCUCAUUCUCUCUCUAGAUCCAUUUGUUAAAAACAAAAACAAAACUCUGACAUCAAUAAAAAUGCUGAAGUCUGAACCAUCUUCUUUAAGACAGCAUUAUUCUAUAAAGCCUCAGAGGUGUUUAAAGAAUAUUUAAAAUGACUCUUUCAAACAUAAUGUAACAGAAACCACAAGUUUUUCCUAUGUGAGAGACAGUACUUAGACUACAAAAAAUUCAAUGAGUACUGAAGACUACGGUACUUUCACUAAGUAAAAAAUAAAUGGUUCGUUAAUUAAAGUUAUGUAUAAUUGAGAACCAAAAGAUUAGUGUAUGUUUAUCACAUUUGACUUGGAUUUAUAUUAAUCAAGAUAAUUACUUCAUAAGUGUAUAAGGUCAAUCAGUAGUUAAGCUGGAACAACUCUAUACUUAUAUUAUAAUCAUUCAUUUCCAUUUAAAUAGUUAUCAGGGCACAAAUCACAUAAGACAAGAACUAAGUAAUUGUUCAAUUUUUUAUUUUGAUGCACAGUAUGAGAAAUGGACUUUUCUAUCAACUGAAUUUUAUGGUAAAUGAACAGCAAAUAAAUUAGACCCAUGUUAAAAUAAAAGGUCAGCUAAAUGAGCUAAAUGUCCAAA